AUGGCUUUGUGGCCAUUUAGGAGGAAAAGCGGGCGCAAACGCACGAGAAGCGGCGCCGCCCUUUCCGACGUUGAAGGCCCACCACGAAGUCAAACGGCAGACGCUGCCGUACCAGUGCCCACCAAGCGAACGCCAUCACAGAAGAAACAACGCACGGAGACAGAGCCCGCGAAGCUACACCGCCGUCCGCGGACCUACAGUUUCUCGCCUGGCCGCCAUGACUCCAUCAGGGUCGACGGCAAGGGUACGUCUGCCCAGCCCACCGCAGUACGCGGGAAGAGGUUUUCGCCCGGCGACCAAAUAGACGAGGUGAGGGAGGAAGAUUCUCAAUGGCAGCGUGUUCCGACGCUGUACGGAACGCGCAACGGCGACAAGAUGUCGAGGAGAAAGAGUAGCAAGAGGAGGAGGGACGACCACGAUCGUGAAGCCGAACUCAAGGCCAUGAGCAACUUCGUCCCAGUCAGGCCGUCUGCCGAGGCAUGGACAGCCGGCAGGCCGAUGAAGAAGGACAGUAAGAGGGUAAGGACGGGCGGCAGGGGCUCAGGCGCCGUGUCGGAACUUUCGCUGCCAAUCCCCGAAUCAAUUCACUCGAGCAUGUCAUCCGACUCAGAGCAUGCCUCGUACAGGAUCUCCGCUCUCGAGGCGUUGGCGCCUCGCCCGACUCUACGGUAUGCGACGCAUCCCCGAUGGGCUCCCGGCAACAGCACGGAUCCCACCAGGUCUACGUCGCAGAGGAACAAGCUGGCUGAAAGAGCGAAUCUGCCCGAAGCGACGUUAAAAUCUCACAAGCGGAUCGAUAGUCUUGCAGAUGAUCUGGGCGCCUCCGAUCUACGCGAACUUAUGGAGCGCGACAACAGGAGGAGGGAGAGAAAACGUCAGCGUGAACAAGAGCACACGGAGAGGAGGCUCGCAAGACGAGCAGAAAAGCAGCGCGAAGCAGAAGCCGAAGCCUCCAAGAGCGGAACCCCACCGCCGCAAAAUCUAGAACGAGGUGUCAUGGGUCGCGAUGUAGUCGGCCUCGGUAUUGAUACAACGUCAGCCGUGGUGACUUCGUCGCGGCGACGGUCGUCAGAUGCUUCAUUCAAGCGACAAACGCCAUCGCCAGAACAGGGGCAUGCAUCACCAGAGCGCGAAACUACCGCUGAGGAAGCCCUCGACACUCAGAUCGAACCUCUCAGCCACUUCCACAGGACCACGAGUAUACCGCUUGAGACUGCGCUUGAGUCAGAAACAGACGUCGUGGCGCCGGCAACACCACCGCCGGAAACCACCAAGCGGGCUACUUCGAUUCAGAAGAAGAAGUCCAGAUCACGAACAUCCCUGGCGUCCGACGAGAGACACAGGCUGUCGCCGACAGCAACCAAAACAGAGGAGUAUGACCCGCCACGUAAAGAUUCGGAAUCCAGCAACCGCGGCAAGUUAAACUUCUCUUCUCUGUUCAAAUGGGGAUCACGUGGCAAUCGCCGGAGCUCUGGGCCCUCAUCCUUCUCAAACACCUCACGAGAGGAGAUGCAGGCUGCUAUUCAAGCACAAGGUCUCGCCCCGACGCACUCGGCACAACAAGCACCGGCGACAUCUCGCACAUCACUGGCGUCGACACCCCCUCCUGUCGUAGGCUACACCCCAACCAAGAUGAGCUCUGGCGUUCCUAAGCGGACCCGGUCACGGUUCCGGGAGGACCUACCUGAACUUCCAAUGUCGCCACCAGACUCUCGCGUUGCAUCGCCCGAGACUGAGCCACCCAUGCCUGCAUUAUCAGAGAGGCACUCUCGAGAACAAGGCAAUAUGGAGGCCUCUAACACGCCAGCGCGGUAUGACACACCGAGCUCGGAGCGAAGAACAAUCGACGAGACUAUGAGGCAGACGCCGACAUCUGUCCAUCGCCUAAACCAGCACUCACCGCAACCGCAGUCAGUCUCCCUGGCAUCCAUUGACUCGGAGGCAUCGUGGCUCUCUGGACGCGUUGGUAAGCGGUCGUCGUCCGGCCUAGGCAUGCGCGACAGCAAUCCCCGUUAUCCUUACGCGCAGCAACGGCAGUCCCAGCAGUCCUCCUCCAGUAAUAAUACUGAAGAGGAGAUUGAUGAGCAGAUUGCUGACGACGAAUACUUGUCUAAUCUUGCGACUCCGUCCCACGAUACAAACAUGGCGCAGACCGGCCAUGGCCGCCGGUCAACGGGCGAUGGGCGCCCUAGCAGUGAUGAGGAUGAGCACAUGGCUGAUGCCGACAUGAAAUGGGGCUCCGUUAGUGCCCAUCAGACGGUGAUGCACCGGCGGCAGGCCGCCCGAAUCAAGAGCAGCGAGGGGCUACUCAACACGUUUGAUGAGGAAAGCAGCUCAUCCAGUGACCUCAAUGAAACGCCCAUGGUGGAGAGCGCGACAAGGAUCAGCUACGGCCAAAAGGGGCAUGUGCGCCACAUGAGUGCUGGAAGCGCCAAGUUGCUGGAUAUUACGCCCCGGGCCAGCAUUGACAGCAAGGGACGGAACCCUACGACUGGCGACAGGAGGUCAAGCGUACCUCUAUCCUUGUGAUGAACUAACAUGAGUGGAAGAGUUUAGGAUGACGAUGUUCAGAGGCCAGCCAGGAACCGAGCCCCACGAUCAUUACCUAUUUUCUUUACCUAUCAGGUCCUACACGGCCACCGACGCCCACACGGCACUUUCAUUAUUGUCCAUUACCGACCAUAUUCGAUCUUUAACCUCAUUUCCUUUCCACAUCAGCCAAAAACGAAAAAAAGUCUUCCGCCACUAUUCCGGAGACGCCUCAAACGACACAAUCUCGAUCCUGGCUGGCACUGAACAAUCUGACUCCACUUUGGCCAUGUUCGUUCUCACAUCGAGCUUCCGUCACAAAUGUCGACUCGUGGUUCUCGUUUCUCAUAUUAUGCGAAGCGUCUGUUUUCUUUCCUCGCUCUGUACCUGUUGUACGACACGAUACCCCACGGCCGAGCCGCAUGCAGAGCGCUACGUAGCGAAUUAUCACAUGGGCUGUUCUUUCAAA